AUGGGUGGUGGUCUGGUCUGUGAUGGGACAGAGGGAUGCUACGGAGCAGCAAGGCAGCAUGUUGAGACGGGAGGAGGUCGGAUUAUAAAACCGAAGCCGGUUCAGUGUCUAUCGAAAGGCGCAGACUAUCUGUCCGUCUGCCUAUCGAAAGGCGCAGACUAUCUGUCCGUCUGCCUAUCGAAAGGCGCAGACUAUCUGUCCGUCUGCCUAUCGAAAGGCGCAGACUAUCUCGAAAGGCCGUCUGCCUGCCUAUCGAAAGGCGCAGACUAUCUGUCCGUCUGCCUAUCGAAAGGCGCAGACUAUCUGUCCGUCUGCCUAUCGAAAGGCGCAGACUAUCUGUCCGUCUGCCUAUCGAAAGGCGCAGACUAUCUGUCCGUCUGCCUAUCGAAAGGCGCAGACUAUCUGUCCGUCUGCCUAUCGAAAGGCGCUAUUUGUUUGCCUCUGUCUGCCUGGUUGGAUGUCUAUCGAAAACAGACUAUAUACCUAUCUGUCUAUCGAUGA